AUGACAUCAGAUAAAAGCUCUCUUUCGUCAACAUCGUCGCUGUACACAUUCGAUGACCCUGAGGAAAUCAGCAGAUACAUCCUAGAAGAAAAUAAACUAGCCAAGGAGUACGCCGAUUUGGAUCUUCAAAGAUUGGCCACAAAAACAACAAUUCUUUCUCGGAUUGCAAAUUCUGCUCCGGCGAAUGACGAAGACUAUAUCAUUGAUCUAGAGAGACUCCCCAUUGAGGAUAAUGGGGAACAAUUUAAAAAUAUAGAUCCCGAGCUAGUCACCUGGGCUCAUGACAGCCAUGAAAAUCCAAGGAAUUGGAGAAUUCAAAAGAAAGUAUACGUGGUGCUUCUUGUGUCUUUGUAUACGUUUGUGUCGCCUAUCUCUGCGUCGAUUUUGUCACCUGCAUCAAAAGACAUUGCAAAAGACUUCGACUUGACAUCCCCCACGAUACUUGCGCUUGUUACUUCCAUUCAUAUCUUGGGAUGGGUCUUUGGUCCUCUUGUAAUCGCUCCUCUCAGUGAAAAUGAUGGACUCGGCAGAAAAAUUAUUUUGAAUUGGACUUGCUGGAUCACGUUUUGUUUCAAUCUCGCUUGCGCAUUCUCCCAGAACAUCACACAAUUAUUGAUUUUGAGGUUCUGUUCGGGUCUCUUUAGCGCGACACCCUUGAAUGUUUCUCCGGCAGUUGUCAGUGACAUGUUUGAUGCAAAAAGCAGAAACACAAGCUUGGCAGGUGUGUUUUUGAUUCCUUUUAUUGGAGCAGCUAUUGCGCCGGUCAUUGGUGGCUACGUUGUGGAAGCCAAGGGAUGGAGGUGGGUCCUUCUCACAUUAUCAAUCAUCAAUGGUUCAAUUGCACUAAUUGGUUCAGUUCUUCUAAAAGAGACAUUCUCCCCUGCGUUGUUGCACACCAAAGCAAAACAUUUAAGAAAGGCCACUGGGAAUCAGAACUUGCAUACAAUUUACGAAUUGUCAGGCGAUGGUUUGACACUCGCAAAGCUUCAGGAUACUGUGACGAGACCGUUGGUUCUUCUUUUCACCAAUCCACUUGUGUUUGGAUUGGGGUCAUUUAUGGCCUUCAUAUACGGGUUUUUGUACUUGAUGAUUGUCACGUUUCCAUCCGUUUUUGAAGACUCGUAUGGGUUUUCCCAAAGCUCGGCGGGACUAAUGUUCUUGGCAUUGGGAAUUGGGUUUGUGUUUGGAGUCAUCAUAUGGACCAUUGCAUUGGGGUAUGUCUAUGACAAAUUGGUUGAAAAACAUGGGGUCGCCAAGCCAGAGUUCAGGCUUCCUUGUCUUUUCAUCAGCGCAGUGAUCAUGCCCAUUGGCUUGUUCUGGUAUGGCUGGUCUGUCGAAUACAAGCUCCAUUGGAUCAUGCCGUGUUUAGGAAGCGGGAUCUUUGCCUUUGGUCUAGUGUGUGUUUUCCAAACACUUCAAGCGUACUUGAUCGACAUGAAUCCAACGUUUGCGGCCUCGUCGAUUGCGGCCGCCUCGAUCUUCCGCUUCCUUUUGGGGUUCCUGUUUCCCUUAUUUGCCAGCUCGAUGUAUGACAAAAUGGGGUAUGGCUGGGGCAACACUAUGUGUGGUAUCUUGGCGAUUUUGUUGGGAAUUCCGUUCCCAUUCUUGUGCUACAAAUAUGGCGAGAGGCUCCGCACAUGGGCGAACGAGAGAAUGGAGAAGAGCGAGGAAGAAAAAAGAGCUAAGAAGCAGGAGGCGCUUAGAAGAAGAGCACAGGAGUUGGUGAAGUAA